AUGCCGAAAGAUCAGAACCUCAUAGAGUUGGUAACAUCUCAAUGCAAUGCAGUUUUAAAACAAGAAAUCACAACUGGAGAAAACUAUACAAAAGCAAAUCUUGACAAAUGGUAUAACUUGCCAUUUUCCAUCAGCUUGUCGACUUUUGUUCCGAGAAUCGAAUUGAUUCCACCAAUAUCAGAUUCAAACUCCCAUCAUAGCUUGGAUGGAUCACACAGUGGUUCCAGUCCUUCAAUUGAACAUCCACCAUUUGCUUCAGAUUCUGCCUAUAUUUCUCAAGAUGAGCAGUUCAAGAAGCUAAUUGGCACAUAUUAUGGAACGAAUAGAUUAAGAUGCAGCAAAAAUGUGCCCGAGCAACAAGCAAGGUUUCCUCCAGAUGGUAACGAGUCCAUAAAAGACAAAAUGAGAACUACCAAGCAGCCUGCAAAAGAGAAAUUCCAUUCUAAGAAUCUUGUCAUGGAGAGGAAUCGAAGGAAGAAGAUAAACGACCAGCUCUUCAAGCUACGAGCUUUAGUCCCUAAGAUAUCCAAGAUGGAUAGAACUGCCAUUCUUACGGAUGCAAUUGAAUAUAUCGGAGAUUUGCUAGAGGAGAAGAAGAAACUUGAAAAUGAGCUCAUGAAAAUCGAUGAAGAAAACUGUGAAAAGAGCAACUUAGAACUGAAGUCUACAUUGUUAGACAAGUCACCUAAGGACAACGUAUCUGCCGUUAAGCCAAACCAAGUUUCGUCCAGCCUUGCCGAAAUGGCAAAAAUGGAGGUACAUGUAGAAGUGAACCAGUUAACUAAACGGGAGUUCUUGAUCAAGCUCUAUUAUGAGCACAAGAGAGGAAGCUUUGCAAAGUUGAUGGAGGGCAUAGAUUCUUUGGGACUUCAAGUGGUUGAUGCUAAUGUCACAACAUUUAAUGGAAAGGUUCUCAGCAUGUUCAAAGUUGAGGCAAACAGGGAUUUUCAAUCCAGGAAACUGAGGGACUUGUUGACAAACCUAAUGAAGUAGAUAAAUCAUAUUCAUGGUUUCAAUAUACCAUACAGAAAAUGUAGAUUCAGACUUGAGAAUGAAGCAAUGUAUAGUAAAAAUGAACAGUUUUCAGCCGAGAGAUAAAGAAACUAUUCCCUUGAUGGAACUUUACUUCAAGCAGCUCCAACAAUCAUGAUUAGAAACUUUUGACUGUAAAAUUUGUGGGUUUUCCUCUCCUUGUUCUUACACAUGUAGUUUUUACUAAAUUCUACAUACAAAUUGCUAAUUCUGUGAAGAUAGUUGAGGUUUUUGUUUCAUUUUGGCUUCUUUUUCCUACAUA